GUUGCCAGGAGACAGGGACACACAGCCCUGCCCGUCCCGCUCCUGCCUCCUCGCUGCCGGCCCCAGGUGAGUCGGGGCUGCGGUGGGGGGACCCCGGCACUGCGCCCCUCGCGGUGCGCCCGGGGGGCUCCGGGCGCUGCGCACGGCGGUGGCCGCGGGCACCUGCAGCUCCCGAGCGCAGCUCCAGCCGGUGCCCUGGGAUAAGGAAAAACAACCCCCGGCCCCAUCACCCGCUGGCAUCGCAGCUCCGGAGGGGGUCGGGCCAGGCCGGGCUGUGUCGGUCUCAGCACCUUCACCGAGCCCUGGAGCAGCGCGCCUGGAGCAGCGCACCUCUGCUCCGGCACGGGCUUGCCCCAUCCCUUCCAGCGUGCAGCGGUUUGGGAGCACAGGGUGGUCCUGCCCUCCCUGGCCCCACUGGAGAAACCCCCUGGGGAUUUCUGGCCCACCCCCAAGCGCUUUGAGACCCUCAGCACUUCUUUCCCCCUCUCUGCAGCCCUGGGCCCCGGGGUUUUCAGGAUCCUGGAUCUGGACUCUGCUGAUGCCCGGCAAAUCCAGCAGCCAGGUGUGGCUGUGCCGAGCACUGGUGGCAGUGGGGACCAUCCUCCCCUGCAGUGUCCUGGGAUGGCCGAGCCGGCAGGACGUGGUGCCGGGUGUGCCCAGGGUGACAGCCCUGUGCCAUGGGAAGAGGAGCACUCCUGGCCUCAGCUCCUGGGCUCCCGGCCCAGCCCGGGCCACUGCAGCAGCUCCAGCUCCGUCUGCACCGAGGACUUUGCUGCCAGAUUUUGGGAGGGAAUGGUGGAGACCCUGCUGGGCCAGCAGGAGCCUGCUGGGGCUGUCCCUGGGGAAGGAGCUCACCCUGGGCAGGAUGAGUCCGUGUUCCCCACAGGGAGGAGCCUGCACAUGCGGCCACAGCCAGCCACGGAGCUGGGCAGAGCCCCCCGGCAGGACAGGCCUCCAUCCCGGAGCAGGAGGGAGAGCCUGGAGUCCCUGGGAGCGAGGAUCUCCCACCUGAGCCGGAGCCAUGGGGGGGUGGCCUGGGGGGCCCCCUGGCCAUCCCCCCCUGCCCAGCCAGCCCUGGGCCACAGGGACUCUCCCCGUGGGGACCUGCUGGCCGUGGCCUUGCCUGGGCAUUCCUGGAGAACUCCAGGGCUCUCUGCUGGCAGGAGCAGGGCUGGGGCAAGGACAGGCUCUCCUGGGAGCAGUUUUCCUAGGGCCAGCAGUGCCAGGACCAGGGGACAUCCCAACCUGGGCAUGAGGCGACAGGAGCCACCAGCUCUCUGGGGACAUGGAGGGAAUGUCACCUUCACUGUGGAUGGCAUGGACAGGGAAGGAGCAGACAGCAGCAGGCGUGCUGGCACAGCCGUGGCAGCCCCUGGGCAAUGGAGGUCACCUGUGUCCCCAGGGCUGCGUGGGGGGCUGCCCUGCAAGGGGCAGGCGGUGCCACUGCACUGGUCCCUGCGAAGGAGCCAGGGGGACACACGGGAGCUGGGAGCUGGUGCCAAGCCUUGGAGCCAAGGGGACACAGCCAGGGCUGGCCUGGCACUGCUGGGACACACCUGGGACACCCCUCACCGGUGCCACACGGACCUGCAGAGGAUGUCUUGGCAGGGACAGGGAGCCUGCGUGGAGCAGGAGCAGCUGGACAAGGAGAAAAGGCAAACAGCAACUUCACAAGAAGAGAAACUGGAGCUGCUGGAGAGGCUGCGGGAGCUGCAGCGGGACAGCCGCUCCCUCCUGCAGCAGCGGCUGCGGGUGCUGCACCGGCUGCACGGGCUGCUCCAGAGGGACAAGGAGGAGACGCUGCGGCAGCUCCGGGAGGCCCUGGAGCAGGAUCGGCCCGGCACGAGCGUCCUGCGGGAGCAUCUCCCGAGCCGCCCGCGGGGCCCGGCGGGGCCGGGGCGGGCUGGGGGCUCCCCGCCCGUGGGGACCCCCCCGCUGGCCCCGUGGGGACACGGCCCCCGCCCCGGCAGUGCCGCGGGAGCGGGGCCCUCUCCGGCAGCGCUCGGCUCAUCCCUGCCCUCCCCCAGCCGCGCUCUCCACGUCCUGCGGGGGCUCCGGCAGCAGAUCCAGCGGCGCCUCGGGCAAUGGCAGAGGGUGCAGGGAGCCCUGGGAGCCGCCGGACAGAGCCAGGAGGAGGGGCAGCAGCCAGAGAAGGCUCCAGGAGCCCCCAGGGCGCCUCCGAUGCGGGUGAAUGCCCCAGGUCCUGCUCCGAGGCUGCGCUGGGGUUCAGGUGACACGGAUGUGUGUCUGCACCUGGAGCCCAGAGGAGCCAGGAAUGUGCGCAGGAUGCUCCUGGAGCUCCCAAACCUGGCUGACCGGACCUUUCUCUCUCUUGUGCAGGACACAGGGAAGGUCCCCCCGCGCCCCCUCCCUGCCCCUGAGCUCCAUCCCGCGCCCCGGUCAGGAGCUGCGGCUGGGGAGGGCACGGAGCCCGCCUGCCCUGGGGGCACCGCCGGGCUCCGGGGGGACCCAGCAGGGCCGGGGGCAGCCUGGCGAGGGGACCUCCCCUCUGCCACAGCCCCGGCGCUGAGCCAGCGAAGGGAGAGGGACAGAGCUCCACCACGGAGCACAAUUCCUGGUGGGAACAGCCCUGCAGUGGGGCUGGUGACCUCAGGCAGCUCCCAGCACCAUCAACCGUGCCACGGCACCAGUGACCCCUGAGGGAAUCGGGUGGGAUGGCCACGGAAUCCCGGGAAUCCUCUCCAGAGCCUGCCUGAGUCAGGCACGGGGCUCCCACAUCUCCUUCCCAUCCUGCAGCUCCUCCUCUGCUCAGUCUCCAUCUCCCACCCUGGGAUGGAACCAGGGGCAGGUUGGAGGUGACAAUUCCUUUUCUGCUCCACCAUGAGGACACCGGUUGGAUAUCUGGGAAAAAAUCCAAGCUGAAAAGGCAAUUAAACACCGGCACAGGCUGCCUGGGGCAGUGGUGGAAUCACCAUCCCUGGAAGUGUCCAAAAAUGGGUCCAUGAGGUGCCUUGGGAUGGGGUUUAGUGGGAUUUGGUCAAAGGUUGGACUUGGUGAUCUUGGAGCUCUUUUCCAACCUUAAUGAUUCCAUGAUUCUGAGUUUUCUCCCUGGACACCGAGGUCCCAGUUCUGGAAUUACAAUAGGUGGAACAAAUCUCCUGCAAGUUCCUUAAGAAGCACCAUGAGGUUGUGACAGAUCCUGGAACCCUUGGACAAGUGGGAUCUGCCCUUGGAGCCAAGCUGAGAUUGCUGACCCUGAGACAGAGAGGUUUAAUGGAAAAAACCCAAGGGAAUUGUUCUGUCUGGAUGCUUUAAUUUAAUUUGGACAAGGAAAAACCCAUUCUUCCCUCUCGGCACAUCUCCUUGGGAAGUGCUGGUUUAAUCUGCAGAACAUCCAAGGAAAGUUUCUUCACGUGAAAAGGGGAAAAUUUCUUGCAGGAUUUUAUUGCUGUGCCUUGUUCCAGGGGGAGGGAAGGGAUGAGGAUUGAAAUAUCUGUGUGCUCUCUUUCCAAUGAAAAUAAAAGUGGGUUUUAUUA